AUGGAUCACGCAUGGCUGGAAAAGGCGGCCCUGCUCAAGGACUUUGAAGCCCUCGUCACAAAGGCCAGCAACAUGUCGCACUCAAAAUCUCAUCACUUUGCGCCCUUUGCCACUGUGCUCAUAGUGGGAGCACCCGCGAAGCAAAUUUCCACAGUCACAAGCCAAUGCGAUGGAGCCGAAGCACAGAGUAGUACAGAAACAUCCGAUGCCGGCAUCGCCACCAUUCACCUCAUUGGCUACAUGGAACUCUCCGACGGCCGCGUGGUACAAGACAAAGAGCCCAUUGGCCGGCUUGAGUUUGCCUUUAUGCGCGGCCUCCAGCUCUUCUUGCAAACACUUGCCAGCUGCCCCCAUGUUUUUUUCGACAUUACAGGUCCUCUGCAAGACGUCAUUCCCCCUCGUUCAAGACGUGACUCCUCGGAAAUACAGUCGGAAGCCGCCGACAAAUACAGCCAGGCUCUGCAACUCAAGCGCCUGCGUCAACAAACUCGCUUCCCAAAUUUUUCGGCAUUGGACGAGGAAACUUUUCGUGCAUUCAAGUCUGACGAGGGUCGACUUGAAGACUUGGAAGCCCUUCGCAAAGUUGUCUUUUUCAAGGGCAUCCGCCCUGCCUUCCGCCGCGAGGUUUGGUUGAUUUUGUUAGGUGUCGUCAAUGUUGGCAUCGAAGAUGGCCAGCGAAGCGAGGCCCUGCGCCAACUCCACCGGGAAUACUACGAGCUCAAACAAAGCUGGGUUCGCCUUCCCAGCUCGGACACACGCCUCAAUCGUAUCUUGCAGACCAUCAUCAAGGAUGCCCAACGCACGGAUCGUCACUUUCCAAUGUUUGCGCGGCGAGACAGCGAGUGGCUUAAUGCUCUUCUGGACAUUCUGGCCACGUUUGUGAACCACCACAAUGUCGACUAUGUACAGGGCAUGUCGGACAUUCUUGCGCCUCUCGUGGCUGUGUUUCAGGACGAGGCCGUGGCCUACUUUGCAUUCGACCGUCUAAUCAAACGCUUCAGCGCCACCUUUGAGGAUCAAGGCGUGGGCAUUCAUCUGCGUCUGGACGCGCUACGCUCUCUCACCGAGCUGCUCCUGCCAGAUGUCUUCAAUUUUCUGUGUCAGCGCGAUCAAAUGCAAAUGUUCUUUGCCUACCGGUGGUUGCUUCUUGACUUCAAGCGCGAGUUUUCUUUGGAAGAGACGUGCGAGCUAUGGGAGACGAUCUGGUGUGACUAUCGCAGUGAUUGCUUCAAUCUCUUUAUCGCAACGGCCAUCAUGGCUGAAAACGAAGCUUUCAUCCUUGACGAGUCUCGGCCCGAGCAUGAAUUGCUUGAAAUGCUCACCAGCCUCCCGACGCGCGUUGACGUUCAAGCCGUCCUCCGCCGUGCUCGACAGCUUCUGUAUCGCUCCUUGGAACUUCCUUUGCCAAAAGACUUGGCUGAGCUCAUCAAGGUUGCCCUUGCCGACGGCGCAGUCGUGGUCAACGAACGGUCUGCAGAGACGCCAACCGAGCUGCCCGACCGCGAGUCAGCAACUGUGACUCCCUCACCAGACUCUCCUACAGCCCCGCAGUCUUCUUCAGAUGCAAUUAUCGCGGUGGACGGCACAGACCAGUAA